CUGUUCAACUGUGCUGUUUCUGUGCAUUCUGACAGACACACUGGAUGUAGGAACUACAAAAUAACUUGGUUUGGUCACACAAAAUCUGCAGGCGAGCCGAGGGGCAAGAUUCAACGUGUUUGGAAGUGUAAAAAAAAAAAGAAGAAGAAUCAGAUCAGCAGAGGAAGGAGGAAGUACAGAGAAGCAGAGAGGCUGACUGGAAAGAAUGUACUCUUGAAUACACUGUGUUUUGUGUUUGCUUGGUGUGUGUGUGUGUGUGUGUGUGUGUGUGUGUGCAUGUGAGAGAAUGUGUCCGAGUCUGAUUGAGUGUGUGUAACCUGUUUUGUCCAAUUUUGAAGAAAUGUCUCUGAGACUACCUCGCAACUGGGACUUCAGCACCUUCAGAGCUGAAACUGCCAAGAUUGCUCGCUCCAAGAGUGUUAUUCCAGGGGAAGGAAGCCCUGGGUGCACUCACCCGGGGUUUAAGAAAUCUAUGGAGAAGCCUCUGAAAACAGGCUGGCUGAAGAAGCAAAGAUCCAUCGUGAAGAACUGGCAGCUGCGCUUCUUUGUGCUGAGAGGAAACAGCCUCACUUACCAUAAGGAUGACAAAGAGAGCACUGUCCAGGGAACUAUACCUUUAUUCUCAUGCCAAGUUAAUGAGCUGCCAUCAAAUGCAGACGAUAAAUUCCUGUUUGAGAUUAUCCCAGGUAGCAGUACGGAUCGGGAACGUGAUGCUUAUGUUCUCAUGGCAACCAGUCAGAGUGAGAUGGAGGAGUGGGUGCGCUGCAUCCGCAAGGCCAUAGGGUCACGCUCCAAUGGAGUAUUCGGAAAAAGUCUUUCAGACAUCAUGGUGUAUGAGAGGAAAUUUGGGGCUCGUCUGGUGCCCAUCCUGGUAGAAAAGUGUGCUGAAUUCAUCAGAGAGCAUGGUCUGGUUGAGGAGGGCAUCUUUCGCCUGCCAGGACAGGACAACCAGGUCAAGCAGUUCAGAGAAGCUUUUGACGCUGGAGAAAGACCCUCAUUCCCCAGUGACACUGAUGUCCACACGGUGGCAUCCUUACUCAAGCUGUACCUGAGAGAGCUUCCUGAACCCGUUGUGCCCUGGACUCAAUAUCAGGACUUUCUUGACAGCACUCUGAUGCUGGACGCCACCACUGCAGCUGGCAAAGAGAAGCUGGAGAAACAAAUCAGCUUACUGCCAAAAGUGAACUACAACCUCCUGAGUUACAUCUGCAGAUUCCUUUUUGAGGUCCAGCAAAACUCAAAGGUGAAUAAGAUGAGUGUUGAGAAUUUGGCCACAGUGAUGGGAGUGAACUUGUUCAAACCACAAGUUGAGGAUGCUAUUAGUAUGAUGAAAGGAACUCCCAUGAUACAGAAAGUGAUGACAGUUAUGAUCAGACACCAUGAGCUGCUUUUCCCACCUUCCAAAGACAUGAAGCCUUCUCCACUUCCCAGCAGAAAGAACAAGAGCAAGAAGACCAGCAACAGUUUUGUGGGAUGGGAGUCUGCAGAGUGUGAGGUGUCCUCCCUGUCUGAAUCACCUGAGGAAGAAGAAGUGGACACCCCUGAAGAGCAGAGGAAAGAACUAUGGUCAUCUGAGUCAGAAAGCGCAACUCUUUCUCCCACUGAGCUUUCAGCCACAACGGACACAUGGACAGAGAGCCCCAGAAAGCGGACACAAACUCUACCCAGUUUAGGUUGUCCACCGGUAGCUAGAAUAGCCCGUGAGCCUGCUUGGGAUCGCUGGAGCAGGUUCCCAGAGAGCUUUAAUGAGAAUGAUGAAAAAACAUUAUCUGAGGACAUCUUUAAGCUCCUCGACCUGCAGAAAGUCACACUGUUUUCUGGAGUGCAGAAAAGUGAAAAUGAAAAAGAGGAAAAAGGACAGAAGGACAAAGACAACGUAGACUCGAGUAAGACAGGUAGUGAUGUUGUAGUCAAACAGAUAGAUGCCCCAAAAGCACAGGCACAGAACACCGCGCCUGUGCCCACACCCCAGCCAAGAAUAGUAUUGAGUCCAGCAGCUUUGAGUAAAGAGAAACCAGCAGCGCCUGCUCAACCAACAAGCAGUACAGUACAACCAGAAAACACAGACUCAACCAGCAUCAUCAACAGUCUCCAGCAGAAGAACAAAGAGCUGAGUGCUACAGUGGCAGAGUUGCAGGCAGCACUAGAGGCUGAGCGGCGCUCUAAAUCUGCAUUAGAAAUCUUACUGCGCAAUGCAGAGCACAGCAGGGAUGAAGCUCUUACACGCAACCAGCAGCUGAACAGAGAGAUCCAGGAGUUCCUCAACAGACCGACUGCUGGACCCUCAUAGUGAGACUGUUUAAUGAACAAAGUACCAGCUCAGUCCUGUGUGACAUUUCUGUGCAGAACAAGAUCAGCAAUCUGGAUAUCUCCAGCAAUUUCCACACAGAACAUUCAAAAUAAAAGGUCAAAGACAGAUGGUAAUGUCCAUAUCCAGUAAAGACGCUACAGUAAAUGACACCUUAUGAACAGAAAUGACAGAUUUGAUCGUUAUUCUAUUCACAAUGGGAUUGUGCUCUGUAAGAAGGCAAGAUGUGAACUCUGAAGUGAUGCAGUAUUGGACUGAACAGUAGAGAUUUUAUAAAGAAUAUUUAAUGGGUUUAUAAAUAUUUAAUUCCAAAGGGUAUCUUUUACACAUUAACUUGUUAAUAGAAAUUUUGAAGUAAAUAAGUGAUAUGUAUAUAUAUAAUACAUAUAAUAUACACAAUCAAGCAUACGGUUGAAACCAGAAGUUUACAUACACUCUUAAAAUAGACACAUAACCAUUAAAAAAAUGUCUGAUGUUAAAUCAUACUAAACCUAUACUAUUUUAGGACCGUUAGGAUUAACAAAAUGAUUUACAUUUGCUGAAUGCCAGAAUAACAAGAGAAUUUUUUAUUUGGGAUUUUUUUUUUUUAUUAAUUUCUCAACAGUCAAAAGUUUACAUACAUUUUUUUUUGUAUUUUUUAGCUUUAAAUUGUAUAACUUGGGUCAAACAUUUUGGGUAUCCUUCCACAAGCUUCUCACAGUAAUUUGCUGGAAUUUUGGCCCAUUCGUCCUGACAGAACUGGUGUAACGGAGUCAGAUUUGUAGGCUGUCUUGCUUGCACACGCUUUUUCAACACACAAAUUUUCUAUAGGAUUGAGAUCAGGGCUUUGUGAUGGCCACUCUAAAACAUUCACUUUGUCAUCCUUAAAGCACAUUUUAACUAAUUUGGCAGUAUGCUUAGGGGCAUGGUCUAUUUGGAAGACCCAUUUGUGGCCAAGCUUUCCUGGCUGAUGUCUCUAGAUGUUGCUAUUCUAUUCUGUAUCUAUUCUGUGACGUGCACCAGUUCCUCCUGCAGCAAAACACCCCCACACUAUGAUGCUGCCACCCCCAUACUUCACAGUUGGGAUGGUGUUCCUAGGCUUGUAAGCUUCCCCCUUUGUCCUCCAAAUGUAAAGCUGGUCUUUAUUGCCAAACAGUUCAAAUUUAGUUCCAUCAGACCACAGAACAUGUCUCAAAAAUUAAAGUCUUUUUCCCAGUGUGAUUUUUACAAAUUGUAAUAUGGCUUUUUUAUGAUGCUUUUGGAGUAACGGCUUCUUUCUUGCUGAGUGGCCUUUCAGUACUGUCAGUACAGGACUCGUUUCAAUGUGGAUAAUGAAACUCUCUUACCAGCUUCAGCCAGCAUCAUUUUGAUUUGUUCUGGAGUUGAUACACACAGUUCGCACCAUAGCAUGUUCAUAUCUGUGAAACCAAAGUCCCUUUAAGGCAAGUCAUUUCACUCGGCGGCCAUCUUUGAAACACCUCUCGGGCAGUAUGCUCAGGCAUUCUAUUUGAAUAGGGAAACAUCAAAUUCUCCAAAACUAUUUGUCAAGUUUACAAUUACAUUUCAUAUUACGAAUAACCAAUUAACUUAAACAACAACUGUCUAUUUGGUUUUGUUUCUAAACAUUUGUAUUACACAAAAUCUAGUCCGAGCCCCUCCCCCGGAGAAUUGUCAUUCUAAAGUGAUCACUGAUUGGCUCCUGCACUGGCUUCAGUCGGCAAAUUGACAGUUACACUUUUCCCCAUUCAAAUAUAUACAAGUGACACAUCUUGUGUAUUCUAUAGCUGUGUCUCAUUUUAGAGACUGCAUCCUCUGAUUGAGGCAUUCGAAGUGCGCUGUGUCAUCGCGGCGCGACGAAGGCUGUCUCAUUUUAAAAAAAAUUAAAGGCUCCUUCAAACGCAGCUUCAAAAUGCGUCCUUCAUUUCCCAGAUAAUGAAGGACACAACCGGUGGAUCCUUUGCGGCCUCGAAUGUCCUAAGAUUCAUUGCAUGCUGUUAACGGCAGCACAUUUUUAAAAGAAAACUCUGGUUUAAAUGUAGGAAUUAGUUUAUUUUACUUGGAUAUCUCAAGACGUUAAAAAACAAAAAGAGUAUGACAUGUCUUACUAAAGAGUGAUUUAAUAGACAGUUUAUAUUUUUAUGUGUACAUGUAUGGAUUAAAGGAAAUAUAUUUCCAGCUUCUGUAUGCCUUCAGAUCGCUUAAAAUAAGUUUUAAAAUCACUUUAAAAAAAUCUUUUUAAAUUUUAGCAGUGCUUAUUAACGGCAGCUGUUAUGGUUACCUGGUGACGAGAGCUGUCCUCUGUAGGCUAGAUCAUCUCAUUUCAAAACGCUCAGUUCAGCCUGUGUGGUCAUCCACUCACCUUUGAAGUCUGCAUACUUUGGAGGAUACAGCCUCUGAAAUGAGACAGCUUAUAGCAAAGUCAUUUCACUCGGUGACCAUCUUUGAAAGAGCUCUCGGGCAGUAUGCUAGGGCAUUCUGUUUGAAUGGGAAAACAUCAAAUUUUCCAAAACUACUUGCCAAGCUUAAGAUUACAUUUCAUAUUACGAAUAACCAAUAAAAUUUAACAACAACUGUCUAUUUAGUUUCAUUUCUAAAUGUUCGUAUCACACAAAAUCUGCAGAAACUCACGUCUGGUCUGAGCCACUGCCCCGGAGAAUUCUCAUUCUAUAGCGAUUGCUGAUUGGCUCCUGCACUAGAAUGUGGGCUUUAUUCGUCAUACAGCAAUCGCUGAUUGGCUCAUGUACUAGAAGGUGGUGCUUCAUUCGCCAUAUUAACAGUUACACAUUUCCCCAUUCAAAAGUAUACGAGUGACAUUUCUUGUGUAUUCUACAGUCUUUGUCUAUAGUCUUUGGCGAAACAGAAUCCUUCUCCUUCGUCAGCGAUAUGAUGGCUGGUCAUUACCAUGCUGUUUACACUUGUGUAUAAUUGUUUGAACCAAUGAACGUGGCAACUUCAGGUAUCUAGAAAUUUUUCCCAAAGAAGAACCAGACUUGUGGAGGGCCACAAUUCAAUUCCUGAUGUCUUGGCUGAUUUCUUUUGAUUUCCCCAUGUGGUCACACAUGGAAGUAGUGUGAUUUAGGUUUUCAUUAACUACUAAUCUACAGUUGUGUCUCCAAUUAACUUGAAUGUUGCCUAUUAGCCAAUCAGAAACUUCCAAAACAUUGACGGCAUCAUCUGGGCUUUUUCAGAGGCAUAGUAAUCUUAUUCUAUGUAAACUUUUGACUUUCAAGAAAAGGUAUUAAAAAAUUCUCAAAAAAUCUCUCUCUCAUUAUUCUGCUAUUAAGCAAAUAAUUUUUUUGGUAAUCCAAACUUACUAAAAGAGAAAAAGUUUAGUCAAAUUUAACAUCUGACAUUAAAAAAAAAUGGUUAUGUGCCUUCUAUACGGUGUAUGUAAACUUCUGGUUUCAACUGUAAAUGUGCGCAGAAGUAUAUAAGUUGUAAUAUUUAUGUGAUCACUGGAGUGUAAUACACUGUGAACAAUUUGGCAAAAAGGACAAAAUGCUCUGAAUGCGGAAUACUGUCAGUAAAUAAACAGCUUUUAUCUGGC